CUAUUUCUUCUAGAUGUUGGAUAACAAUCCCUUUCUGUAUGUGUCAAUCGUGACGGAAGGGCCAGUGAAGUUGGUCGUUACAGAUGCAGUACACCUUGAACACUUGUCGUUCUCGUUGUUUUCAUUACAACAUUCGAGCCCAAACAAGCGAUCUAUUGUUUGCACAAAAUGUCCCUUGGUAGAUGUGAUGAUAUCUUAUGUUAUGCUCUCAAAAUUGGCACGUGGCAUGAAAUGAGGAUAUAUGUUGAACAAAUUUGUCAUGGAAAUUACCAACAGCAUUGGGCUUACGCGAGUACAAACUACAAUUCGUACUGAGUUGACAGGUCACUGAGAAGAGAACAAGUCUGUGUCAGUAUGACAGAUAGUCGUAAGACGAGGUGUUUUGUGACAGACCUGCAGUUUUGUCCAGAUUGUGGCACAGUCCUUCCUAACCCUAACAAGAAACACCGAAAUGUUGCCUGCGUGAGAUGCAAGUUCGAAAUACCAAUUUCUGCUUUCGAUGGCAUAGAGAUCCACUCCACGCUGACCGUAAACAAGCCAAUGGGGAAAGCGCUGUCGACCUUGACAUCUGAUGAUGCAGCAGGACCACUGGUGGAUCGGACAUGUUCAAAGUGUGGUCAUGAGGGCAUGACAUUCACAACAAGACAAACCAGAUCAGCCGACGAAGGCCAGACCGUCUUCUUCGGCUGCCCCAGCUGCAAGAACCAGGAAAUUGAAUAUUCAUGAUGUGGGUGGUUAUAUGUGAUCUGCCUCUUCACAUGUCUAUAUACACAAUCAACAAUGACGCUAACACAGUCUCAGUGUCAUGAGGUCAAGUCAAAGUGGGUGAAUGACAUCUUAUGGCACCUUAUCAAGGCCUGUGUAAAGUCUGAAGCUCUCUGUAUGUUGUGUGGCAGCAAGGUCAAUAUUGCCACAUGAAGGCACCCAUAUAGUCCUUGACAUGCUUUACAUAGCAUACGUUUAUACAAGAGGACUUACUGAAUGUAUGUUCUAUUUUUGCUAAAUCAUGACAAGCUGUGAAUGACUAUCCCAGUGUAUGGAUACGACUAUCAACCAGGUCACGCACAUUAUAGAACUGUGAGACAUUCUUUACCCCUAGCAUGGAGGGUAGUGCAGGGAUAUGGACUUAUGCAUCUCAUUUCUUAUUUCAACUCAUUCCCUGAGAAUCAUCUAUGGCAGAUCAAAAUUUGGAUGGGAUCAUGGGUGGUUGUGGCCGUGGAUGUGGAUGAUGUCCUUGGGUCCUUUUGUAAAUCGAUUCAUGGACCCAAACAACAUGGAAAAAGUAACACCUCAGACUUAUUCAGAUUCAUCUGCACAUAAACAAAUGAGCCAAAUGUACUCCACAUCCCACUUGACUUUCAUCUCUGUAAGGAGCAGUGGGAUAGCCUAGUGGUUAAAGCGUCCGCUCGUCAAGCCGAAGACCGGGUUCGAUUCCCCACAUGGGUACAAUGUGUGAAGCCCAUUUCUGGUGUCCCCCGCUGUGAUAUUGCUUGAAUAUUGCUAAAAGCGGCGUAAAACUAAACUAAACUCACUCACUGUUGAUAAGUGCUGAUAGCUGCUGAACUGUAGUUCACAUUGUAUAAAUAAUACAACUCA